UCUCACACAUACCUCCCACCAUGAGUACACGCAAACUUACUGGCGCCGCCGUUGCCGAACACAACUCCAAGGACUCCUGCUGGGUCAUUGUCCACGGCAAGGCCUAUGACGUGACCGAAUUCCGAUUAGAACACCCCGGUGGCCAGAAGAUCAUCCUCAAGUACGCCGGCAAAGAUGCGACCGAAGAAUUCGAGCCCAUCCACCCCCCCGACACCCUGGACAAGUACCUCGACUCCUCCAAGCACCUCGGCGAAGUCGAUAUGACCACCGUCGAACACGAGGAGAAGACCGCCGACCCAGAGGAAGUCAACCGCCAGGAGCGCAUCAAGCACAUGCCCUCCCUCGCGGCGUGCUACAACCUCAUGGACUUCGAGACCGUGGCCCGCAGCGUCAUGAAAAACACCGCAUGGGCAUACUACUCCAGCGGAGCUGACGAUGAAAUCCAGACAAUGCGCGAAAACCACUCCGCAUUCCACAAAAUCUGGUUCCGUCCCCGCGUCCUCGUCGACGUCGAACACGUCGACUUCACCACCACCAUGCUGGGCACGAAAGUCUCCGUUCCCUUCUACGUCACCGCCACCGCCCUGGGCAAGCUCGGCAACCCGGAAGGCGAAGUCGUGCUCACCCGCGCCGCACACACCCACGACGUGAUCCAAAUGAUCCCGACACUGGCCUCCUGCUCGUUCGACGAGAUCGUCGACGCCCGCAACGGCGACCAGGUGCAGUGGCUGCAGCUCUACGUCAACAAAGACCGCAGCAUCACGAAGCGCAUCGUCCAGCACGCCGAGGCCCGUGGCUGCAAGGGCCUGUUCAUCACCGUCGACGCGCCCCAGCUGGGCCGGCGCGAGAAAGACAUGCGCUCCAAGUUCUCGGACGUCGGCUCCAACGUCCAGGCAAACGACGGCGACGCGGUCGACCGCUCCCAGGGCGCCGCCCGCGCUAUCUCCUCGUUCAUCGACCCCGCCCUCUCCUGGAAAGAUAUCCCCUGGUUCCAAUCCAUCACUAAAAUGCCCAUCAUCCUCAAGGGCGUCCAAUGCGUCGAGGACGUCCUCCGUGCCGUCGAGGCGGGCGUCAGCGGCGUCGUCCUCUCCAAUCACGGCGGUAGACAACUCGAGUUCGCCCGCUCCGCCAUCGAAGUCCUCGCCGAGGUUAUGCCUAUCCUCCGCGAACGCGGCUGGGAGAACCGUAUCGAGAUCUUCAUCGACGGCGGUAUUCGUCGCGCAACGGAUAUGCUCAAGGCCCUUUGUCUCGGCGCCAAGGGCGUCGGCAUCGGUCGGCCGUUCCUGUACGCUAUGUCCGCCUACGGCCAACCCGGCGUCGAACGCGCCAUGCAGCUCCUCAAGGAUGAGAUGGAGAUGAACAUGCGUCUCAUUGGCGCGAAUACCAUCGCCGAUCUCAAUCCUAGUAUGCUUGAUGUCCGUGGGCUAGUGGGUGGUCAUUCCGGCUCUAUGCCCUCCGAUACCCUUACUAUCGGCGCGUAUGAUCCACUUCAGGCCCCGAGGUUUAGUGAGAAGUCGAAGCUGUGAUGGGAGC